CCUCAUCGAAGCCAUAAUAAAUCACAAGGUUGAUCCCAGUGACCCCGCCCGGUUAAUCAUGUGCUGUCAAUGGCGUCAAGGCGGCUCGACCUGGGAAGAGGAAGAAUCUCUCCAGCUCGACGAGCCCGAUAUAUGGCGCACAUACGUUUCAACGCAUAAUACCAAGGAGGUUCUCGAGGACAGGCAGGACUUCUGGUACAUUCUUGACGUCCGGUCGCAUUCGAUAAGGGCUGGCGAGGUUCUCAUGCGUGUACGCUGGGUUGGGUCUAUGAAGGAGCCAUUUGAGACAGAAUCCUAUGUGCGAGCUAACCGACCGGCUGCUCUGGUCAAGUAUUGGAAGGAUUUGGGAGGCAGGGAGGCAGCGUUGUAA